CGUCACCCUGCCGAAUCUGUGAUUUGCUCCAUCCAUCACAACGUAAACAAGAGUCGGAUCGGCUGAGACCAGUUCUGGCUGAGAUCAUCAUUCAUCAUUCAUCAAAUAUGAAUGGCCCACAAUCUCCCGUCAAGUAACAAGCCAAUGAAGCCAUCAUAAACGUCACGUCACUGCCAAUCAUGGUUCCGUACAACUUCUUCCAGGACAUCUUGGAGGACUACCGACAUAACCGCUACUGUGAUCUGUCCUUGGUGGGCUCAUCAUCAUCAUCAUCAUCACCCGCUACACAUUCUCGGAUUGAACCCAUUCAAUGUCACAAAUUGGUCAUGUGCUCCCUCAUCCACACCUGGCAGGCCUUCAUCCAAGAGGACACGGAUCGGGUGACCUUGCCGGAUUUCGACCAUGAUCGCCUCCAGCAGUUUGUGGAUGGUAUAUACCGGGCUUUGGCCAGUACGACCGACCUUUCAUGGCGGGACUUGGAUCCGGAUAUGGCUGCUUUUCUCCACAUUGACCCAUCCGUACUGGAAGCCCCCGCCUUCCCCGCGGAUUUGCCCUAUCUCAAAGUGGAUGACGAUACGGAUUUGAUGGGAAAAUGGGACAGUGAGGGUGAGAUGGACACCAAAGACAUCUGUGAAGAGGCCAUUAACAUCUUUAACGAGGCGGAAGAGCGAGAUAUCCCGGUUUGGAGUGCCCAUGAAGUCUCCUUAGAGGCCGAUUCCGCGAGUGAAGAGGCCACGGACGACUCUGAAUUUGAACUGCCCGGGCGAAAAGCGGUCAAACGGAGGUCUUGUUCCAUGGAACCCGCCAAUGAGACGAGUCGGAAGAUCAAACGAAGAGCCUCAUCCCGACCGGGUCGGGCAUUGGCCAAGAAUUCGAUUCUGUUUCAAGAGCAGAGGUCGGAGAAUUCCAUCGAUGAUGAGGCCAUUCGGACCAUGAUCAAGACCAAGAGUAGUGGCGAUCUGUGGGUGGACAUGACCACGUCAUCGAUCAAGCUGAUUACCAAGAAGAGGAUCGAGCGGCCUUUGACCAAGCACUCGGACGCGUUUUUCGCCCUCAUUGGCGUGCAGCAGACUGAGGGUGAGAUUUGGGGCCAAUCUUUGGGUUGGACCACGGAUGUAGCCGAGGAGGUCGAGCAGACCUUCGAGGACACGUUGAGUGCUUUUCAAGCUGUUUUUGGACUCACCCGAGCGUCUCUUCGGGGCGCGUUUUGUUUCCGAGACAAUGGCCGGCUCAAGACGAAGCACCAAUUUCGCUUCUUGUACGAGAAAUAUGUCCAUCAAUAUACGCGAGAUGAGCUGGAGAACGAGUUGAACCAACCCGCCCUGAUAUCCGCUUUUGAAACGCCCACACCCACUUGGAAGGCGGUCUCUUUGCCUCUCAAGAACUAUGCCAUCCACAUGAAGAGUGAGCUGACCCAUUUUGAUGACAUCGUUCUCGUGGGUGUCUACAAACACGGGAUCGAAAUCCGGAAACUCAUCCAACGAGAAGGCAUCGAUUCCAUGGGCACGUCUUGCGCUCGUCUGUUGACCAUGGUCUGGGUGGGAGGCAGUGAUAAAGCCAAAUUCGCCGAGAGUCAAGAGAUCUGCAAUGCUUACGAAGAGAACCAGGCGUUUCUGUACGCCCGGAACAAGAUCCGGAAGUUGUUGGCCACCAACGACGAGUUCCCCCGACCCAAACCGGCCAUCACUUGUGACGUGUGUGGCAAGUUAUUCAAGGAAGGCUCCUUCAGAUCGACCAUUCAAAGUCACAUGACGCGGCACAAGAUCGAGCAGUUCAAAUGCAACUGCGACGUCAAAUUCGACUCGUACGUCGAGAAACGGAAACAUUAUCUAAGUCAUCAUAGUCGCAUGUCUCAACUGAGGAGACCCAUCGAGCCCAAGAAAAAGGCUCCAACCUACAAGUUCGUUCCCAAGCCCCAUGUGUGUGACAUUUGCGGUACCAUACUGGGUUCCAAAGGCGCCAUGCAGCGACACGUGCGUCGGAAUCACAUCCAUUGCAGGCAUUGCAACAAGGAAUACGCCUCUGGGAUUGCGUACGUGGCUCAUUGGAAGAAGCUCCAUCCCGACUUGGUGAGAGAGAUACCCAAGUCUUGGGUGGCGUGCGACGAUUGUGAUGCUAUUUUCUACUACAAGUCCAAGUACCUGAUCCAUUGGCGAACGGUUCAUGGGUCAGACGAGGUUCGGCAGUUCAAAUGCGGCGUGUGCACCAAAUCCUUUGACCUGAGGCCUCACCUGAAGGCCCACGUGCUGAAUAUGCACAUCAAGAGCCGACCUUACAAGUGUCGAAGCGAUGGAUGCGAGUCGACCUUCAAUUCCGUGGCCAAUCUCUACGCCCAUGAGAAGAAGAUCCAUGGCGAGGCUUUCGGGUCCAGCAUUUCUCUCGACCUCGUUGUGUCUGAUCAGCAACUACUGGAUUUGGGAUGUCAAUUGGGACGCCAAGUCCGGGUCUGAUCCUUAAAAGGCUUAUAUUUGUAGUGGGUUUUAUUUUUUGCACUCAUGUCAGUGAGGAAGUCACCUCCUUUUGUAUUUGUUAAUGAUUCAAUGUGACAAUUGUUAUUCAAUUCGAUAAUAAAUGAGUGUGAGUCAUUGUUAAAAGAGA